AUGAGAGAAGAAUACGACUCAAAAGAAGGAGAUCUAGUCCUUCAAAAAUCCGAACUGAAAACAAAAUUACGAGAAUCCGAACUCUCAUACGAAGACGUUGUAAAAAACUUAAAACUGGUUUUCCUUGUAAAUUUAUUUCAGAGUCGUGACGAGAGAGAAGCGCAGAUGAAAGAACGAUUUGACGGAGAGAUUCGGAAAUUAGAGGAAAAAUAUACAAAAAAGCUAAAAAUCCAAAGAGAAGAAAUGGACUUGCUUAGAAAGAACGAAAUCAACCAAGUCGAGGAGCGAAAAAACACGCAGAUCAACGUUUUAAUGAAAAACCACGAGAAAGCAUUCAGCGACAUAAAAAACUAUUACAACGACAUAACCCUUAACAACCUCGCACUGAUAAAUACUCUCAAGGCAUGUCGAGUUCUCUAA